AAAAAAUCAUGGAAAGAUGGUCUCACCUUGGCUGACUACAAUGAACAUUGUGCGAUCAAUGAGAGUACAGUACUGGAAAUGCUUGAGUUAGCUAAGAAUUACAACAAAUCGCUCGAAGAUGAAGAGAAAAUGACCCCAGAGCAACUAGCCAUCAAAAAUGUCGGUAAACAAGACCCCAAACGGCAUCUGGAGGAAAAAGUCGACAAGGUUAUGCAAAAUAACAUUGUGCAAUGCCUGGGCGCCAUGCUCGAUUCAAUUGUAUUUAAGUAAGCCGUUUUGUUCAUUUUGCAUUUGACUUGAAUUAUACACAAGAGCAUAAAACUAAAAGCUGAACUUAACAGUUCAACAAACUAAGCAUUACUGUAUUUUUUAAAAUAACAAAUCGUAAAUUAAAUAAAACAUGUAGAAAUGCUUUCAUAUUUGACCGA